GGACAAGAAAGGCCGGGGAAUUCGUACGCCACAUUUCUGGCCCUGCUGCUUCCUACCCUCGCUCAAGGAAAGAAAGAGGGAAGGUGAUGACAGAGCUUGGAGCCUGAUACCACUGCAGCAGCACUGAUCACAAUAGAACAUCUGCAAAGCCAUUGUCCCAACCUCAGGUCUGCGCAGGAUCAGCCCCACUGGCCCAUCCUGGCUGAUCGCAGCCUUAAAGCCUGGGAACUGGUUCCUGCCUUCUUCAGCUUUGGUCUCUUGGAGAACAUAUCCUCUGCUCCCCUUCCCCCAUCGCUGGUGUUUUUUCACCCCGAUUGGAUCUCGUCGCAGAAUUUUCUCUAAACUCAGCCGCUCUUUGCUUACAGCUCUGGUUCGGAUGUUUGCGGAGUAGAGCUAAUGCUGAGUGCCGACAGGAUGGAAGAGUUUCAGAGUGAGGAAGAGGAACCCUGGUACGACCAACAGGACUUGGAGCAAGACUUGCAUUUAGCAGCCGAACUGGGGAAGACGCUGCUGGAGCGCAACAAAGAACUGGAGGACUCUCUUCAACAGAUGUACACAACCAACGAGGAACAAGUCCAAGAAAUAGAGUAUUUGACAAAACAGCUGGAGAUGUUACGACAUAUGAAUGAGCAGCAUGCCAAGGUUUAUGAGCAGCUGGACGUGACAGCACGGGACCUGGAACUGGCCAAUCAGAAGCUUGUGCUGGAGAGUAAGACAUCUCAGCAGAAGAUACAAUGUCUGACAGAAACCAUUGAAGGGCUGCAGAACCAAGUAGACGAGCUGCAAAAGCAAGUGGAAGAGCUGCAGAGCCUAGAUCAGCUGCGUGUCCGCCGGGAGAAGCGAGAGAGACGCAGAACCAUCCAUACGUUUCCUUGCCUCAAAGAGCUGUGCUCCAGUCCCAGGUAUGAGGAUGCAUUCCAGAUUCACAGCUCUUCAAUGGAGUUCAGUCAAAUGCCCUUGGAGCGAGAAAAUGAGCGACUGCAAGCAAUGGUAAAUUCCCUCCGGUCCCAAGUCAACCAGGAGAAACAGCGGAAGGAAAGGGUAGAGAGAGAGUACACAUCUGUCAUCCAGGAGUACUCAGACCUUGAGCAGAGGGUGUGCGAGAUGGAGAGCUGCAAGCUGCGCAUUAAAGAGCUGGAAGCAGAGUUGCUAGAACUCCAGCAGAUGAAACAAGUCAAGAAGUAUCUUCUCAGUAGAGAGGAUAACCUCUCGGAAGCACUUCUGGAGCCCUUAAACAAUGCCCCAGAAGCUGACUACAUCGACCUGUCUGAGGAAGAUGGAGGGAAGAACCAUGACUCCUCCAUGGCAGCCUCGCCCAAUCACCCUGUACGGAAGAGCUGCAGCGACACAGCCCUCAAUGCCAUUGUGACCAAGGAUGCGGUGAGUCGCCACGAAGGCAACUACACACUCCAUGCCAACAACGUGCGCAAGAGGGGAAUGUCUAUCCUGAGGGAGGUGGAUGAGCAGUACCAUGCCCUGCUGGAAAAGUACGAGGAGCUCCUCAGUAAGUGCAGGCAGCACAAGGACAGCGUACGCCACACCGGUGUGCAGACCUCCCGCCCCAUCUCUCGUGACAGCUCCUUUAGAGACUUUCGGGGAGAGGGUUACGAGCUGGAUGAGCUCAAGACAAUGGAGAAGAGCCUUAGCAAACACGUGGAGGCUGUGGACAAAAGGCUGGAGCAGAGCCAGCCAGAGUACAAAGCCCUGUUUAAGGAGAUCUUCUCCCGGAUCCAGAAGACGAAAGCAGACAUCAAUGCCACCAAGGUGAAAAAGAAGAGCAGCAAGUGAAUCCGCUUUCGUUUCACUUCAUCUGCAAACGCAGCACCGAGCUCUUCUUUUUAAGCUGCUGGGAUCACUGUAUGGCCUCCUGCCUCCGAGACCUGGAAGCUUCUCACACUGAUGUCUUGCACACAAAGGGAGCCUCUUGGAGAGUUUUGCAAGUGGGAAGCGUCCAAGGUCACAUCCUUUCAGUCAGUGCUCCAAGCUGCCUGGAUCCCUGAAUGUGCUGCAAAAGCUGUAUGUCGUAGUUGUAGUUGGUAUCCAAGCUUUUACAAGGAAUCCCUUCCCAUCACCACAGCACCAGAUAUUACAAGCAGGAAGUUUGACCAACCACCCACAGCCUCACCUUCCCCCACAACCACCGUUCGCUUUCCUACAAAGAACAUAAGAUUAAACUCUGAUUCCCUACUAUGUCCUGGAACAUCCAAAACACAGUAAUUAAAAAGUCAAUUUCUGGAGUCAACUUCAGUACAUGCAGUCUUUCUCUUCUAUUUCCAUUUUUUCUUCCCAUGAGGAACCUACAUAGUACAUCAGCAAGACUUUUAACUGGACUGUUCACUUUUCUGCAGGGGAAUAUAUUCUUCCCAUUUAAGCCAUUCUCUUAUUGGUCAGGUUUUUCAAUAUUUACAAUGAAAGUUCAUUGCAACUGAAAAAACUUGAAGAGAAAUGUCAUUGAUUGCUGGUAUGUCUUCAUCAAACAUAACUGUUCUGUGCAUAUUACCUAAGGCAGAGUGUGCAUAGGAUCUACAUUUCUUCUAGUAUUUUAUUUCAGAAAGGAUAUGGAUUGUGUGGCCUUCCAACUUUGCCUGGGAGUCCCAGCUCUGACCUUGGAUAUGCUUUCCAAGGUCAGAGCUUGGACUGAGCCCCUGGAGGACCCCCUGCUUCAUUCUGACAGCCAUUGCAGUUCUUUCCAUGCUGGCUGAGCUCCAAAGGCCAUCUCUGGAGCAAGCACAGGGUGGGACAAUCUGGGGAACAGGGAGGAAAGAGUGAGGCACCAGCAUCCCUCAAGUAAUCCUGGUGGUGUUUCAGCCUUUCCUCAACAGGAGGGGAGAAACAGCCAGAGAACCAAAACUGUCUGUCUGAAUGUUUUGGAAGGUGAUGGGAGGGCAGCAGUCUUGACCUCUGUGCUCCUCCUGCCUUGUAUCAAAUGCCCAUCCAUAAUCCUUCAAAUCCAGAUGGUUACGAGCAGCCAUGCUGGAUGAUGCCCUAAGUAGGUUGUCAUCACUCAUUUAAGCUGGGCUUUUCCAGAAGCCAAACAAGAAGUGCUAUUACUGGCUUGGAGGGACAGCCGCCUCAUCGUGUGGGUGUAGGUUUCCCAUGCCUUGCUGUUCAAGUGGUUCUCCUUACUGUCUUUUGUGGCUGGUUCCUUAAGACAUGAUCUGCAUGAGCCUGCAAAAACUGAAUGUGGUGACUCAUGCAAGUAGGAGUCCAUCAGCAAAACACUGCGUUCAGUUGUCAUCAUGGAUAUGGUUGUUUAUCACACUGUUUGACAUUGAUUGCGCACUUGUUGUCAAGCUGCCUUUCCCCAAGGCUCUCUUCACUCCAUUUAUCCUUACAACUCACAAAGCUAUACCACAUAUUCACCCACAGAAGGCCUCUCUCUAGUCUCAGGAAACAUCAGUAUCCAUUUCACAGAAAUGCAGAAUUGGGCUUCUUUAGUCACAUACUAAUAAGUGAUAUUUAGCUAGGGUCACCUGCACAUAGGAAGAUGAACAGUGUUAUAUUUCACUAAGCUUAGGUUACAUACACCAGAGUUCUCACCUGUGAGAGAAUAAUAGUAGCAAUGAUGUAUUAACUUACCAAGCAGUAUUAUAUACUUGAAGAAAUUUUGGACCAGUUUCUUGUUUUAGUUGUACUGAAUAAAACCCAAAGUCUGUGAUGUUUCUUCAGAAUUAUGCUAGUGCGAGUAAGAGUUCAAUCUGCCUUUUGAUUCUUGUCAUUUGAUCAUCAAAUCUUCCCAUUUUUAAGCAUGGUUCUUUGUUGGACUAUGAUCCCUGGGCCACAUUCUUUGCAGUGGCUAAUCUUGCCCAGCCCCUGCACAAGUGGCUUGAAGAUCACGGUUCCUCAGAAAUGGCUGCCACUGUGGCAGCUGAAACACUAGGCUUGGUUUUGAGAGUAUGCCAGUAUGGUAAACUCAGUAAAUACAAGAAGGUGGUCAUAAGCGUUAAGUAAAUCAGUGUGGCCAUUUCCACUCUUUUGCUAUCAAAUUGUCACCUCAUUAUGUGUUUGCCACAUUUUGCCAUGGGAUGCUCUCUGGGGCUCAUGUGUUCAGCCAAUUGAAGUCACUUUUGUAAUGUGUGAAAGUAUUUUGGGUUAGUCUGCUCUGGGGCUCUUGUUCUGGCUAGAUUCUUCCUUUACUACUAAUGCCAAAACUUCUUUUGUAUCCUUAAUGUGGCCCAACUUUGAAGUAUUAGGAGCCGUUCACAUGAUUGUGGCUACCAAUCUGGUGACCAUACAGCAAACCAUCAUGCCUUACAGUGGGAAAAAUCAGUUACCUGUAAAAACAACAACAAAGGAAGUUGGUUUCCUCAGAGCAUUUACCUUGCUCUGCCAUUAUAGCUGCUGGUGUUUUGAUUAACUCUCCAUUCCUACCUUUCUACUAAGGGACUUUUGAACUGUUGUUUGUUCUAAAGUCAUCUGUUUGUUGCAUCAGUAUUUGGGGUGGGAGGGGGCCAUUGCAGUCACCUUUGGUUUUGAACACUAUUGACGUGCAAACCAGCAUCCCAGUUUAAGUGUAGUAUACUUAAAAUUAAUAUAUUUAAAAAUGCUUUAUUCUCUUCUUAAAUAAAAAGAA